AAACCACCCGGGCAAGGUAAAGCAAAGCAAAGCAAAUCAAAUUCGACGCAGCGAGCCGAACGAGUUGUGGGGAAAGGAGAUCACAUUCCGCUCAGAAAUCUCCAUUCCAAUCUCUCUCGCCUCGCCUCUCCUCUCCUUCGCUCACCAUGCUGCCGUCGCACCUCAACGGCCACUCCCCCCUCGCGGGCCGCCGACCGCGCCUCUCUUCCGCCGCCGGGCAGUCCCUGGCCGCGGGGGCGGGGGCGGGGGCGGGGGCGGCGUUUCCGCUGGCGGAGCACGACCGCAUCUACUUCCAGUCCUACUCCCACAUCGGCAUCCACGAGGCUAUGAUCAAGGACCGCGUCAGGACUGAUGCUUACCGCACAGCGAUCAUGCACCAUCAGAAGUUCAUCGAGGGGAAGGUUGUGAUGGAUGUGGGGUGUGGGACUGGAAUACUCUCAGUGUUCUGUGCUCGUGCUGGUGCAAAACGAGUGUAUGCUGUAGAAGCUAGUGAAAUCGCUACCCAGGCUUGUGAAAUUGUAAAAGCAAACAAUCUAACUGAUAAGGUUGUGGUCAUUCAUGGACGCGUUGAGGAUGUUGCUGUUGAGGAGAAGGUUGAUGUAAUAAUAUCAGAAUGGAUGGGUUAUAUGCUUCUGUAUGAGAGUAUGCUGCCAAGUGUCCUAUUUGCAAGAGAUAAAUGGCUUAAACCUGGGGGUCUUAUUCUUCCUUCUCAUGCUACGCUCUUCAUUGCUCCCAUAACAAAUCCUGAGAGAUAUGAAGGCAGUGUUGAUUUCUGGUGUGAUGUCUAUGGCAUAAACAUGUCUGCUCUUGUGCCACUUGCCAAAAAAUUAACAUCUGAGGAACCCUCCAUUGAAACAAUUGGCGGAGAGAAUGUUUUAAGUUGGCCGUCUGUGGUCAAGCACAUCAAUUGCUACACUUUCACAACUGAGGAAUUCAAAUCUAUCACCGCGAAAUAUAAAGUGUCAUCAAUGAUGUUAGCACCUGUUCAUGGCUUUGGUUUCUGGUUUGAGGUGGAGUUCAAUGGGCCUGCAGAGUCUUCUCACAAUUUUCCUUCCAAUUUGAAUCCACUUGAUAUUAUUCAGAAGAAAAGGCGACGAGGAUCAGAUGACACAGUUAUUCUGUCCACAGCCCCUGAGGAUGAGCCAACCCAUUGGCAACAGACUAUUUUGUACUUCCCUGAUCCUAUAGAGGUGAAACAAGAUCAAGUUAUAGAAGGCUCUGUAACAGUGUCCCAGAGCGAGGAGAACCCUCGCUUUCUGAAUAUCCAUCUAGAGUGCUCCACCGAAGGACAAACAUUGUUGAAAGACUGUGCCAUGCGAUAGGCUGGUGUUUCUAGUUACUGCCGCUGGAUUCCCCAACCUCUAUAGGGAAGAUCCUACAACUUGCAAGAUGGUCUCUUUCUACAACCACGAAUUGAACUCAUUGGUCAUUGAUGUCAAACUUCUCAUAUGUGCCAAUA